AGUCACCACGUGCACAUGCAGAUGAGUACAAAGUGCACAGUGUCCAGCAACAGUCCAGAUCAACAAAACUACACACAGUGAUGUCUAGACACAGCUCAGAGGAAUACAGUGAAUGCGUGUUUAUGCAGACUGUUGUCAGCACCUGCAACAACACGUGAGAGUGUUUCCUUCCAAAAUUACCGUCAGAACACAAAGGAAGACCCCCAGGAGCCGACAGACAAUAAUGGAGAAAAAUAUAAAAUGAUGCUGUGAAGGAUGGAGUGAUCAUGACGGGUCGAAUCAUCAUGGAGUUUUAUUCUUUUGGAGAGAGUCUGAGAUCACAGGCUAAAAAUAUGAUAACGUUUUUAACAACUAUUUCUCCAAGGGUCAUCUCUGGGACAACACAGCAGCUGCAGGACUGACUGUACAAAAAAACAGAAGCCAUUUUAUGACUACGUUUUACCUACAGAAUAUUCAUCAUGUCCUUUGCAUUAAUUCAGCUUCCACAAUACAUACGUUUGUUUACAUAUGCGUCCAUUUGCGUAUUUCUUGCUUCACCUUAUCCAACGGAUUUCUUCAGUACUUUGGUCCUCGUUCUGCACCAGGAAGAGCAGUGGAGUCCUAAAUACAAGUGCACUUGCAAAAAGUGAAGCCACACCUUUUCACCAAAGACAGAGUCGCCCCGUGACGACACAUCAUCACAUCCAUCAUUCGUGCUGGCGCCUCACCCUCCUCCCACCUGUCUGUCUGUCACUUGCGCUGCAUCAGAGUAGGAUGCAGAUUUACACCAGGAUCUUUAGCUUCUUUUUUCUGAGCGCAGGAAAUGAUGGAGUCCAGUCUGCUGGAAACUGCGUGGACGAACAAAGUAUUGCAUUAGAGAGAAGGAAAGAAAACAUUGACUGGAAGCAGCUGCGGUGCUGUCCUUUCAACUGUUGAAGAAAAAUGGCUCUUGAACGCCUGGCAUGUCUGUUGCUGUGCACAGCUGCUCUGAGUCUCUCUGAAAGUUUUGGUAGAGACCCAGAUGGUGGGACAGACAGGUGGGACAGACAGAAGAUCCCGGUGCUGCUUGACAAACACACACAGUUUUUACCAAGCCCUUCAUUCAGAGGGCGGGAGGAGGCAGAGGACACUGGGAAAAUGGAGACGCUGUGUGGCAUUGAGUGUCAACACGGUCUACCACCUGUGGCCCAGACUGAGCAAGAGAGGAUUCUGGGAUAUGAGACAAUGUAUGAGAAUGGCACACGUACACAUACAGAUGUCAGUUUGCAAUGGCCUAAUGAGACAGCUACGGGAAAACCAGAGCACUCACAAAGUCACGCUCGAAGGAAACGUCACGUUUACGGCUCAGACGGACGAUUUGUGAUCUCUGAUUCUCAUUUUGUCACCAAUUACCCGUUCUCUGCUGCGGUUCGUCUCUCCACAGGUUGUUCUGGAGUCCUGGUGUCCCCCAAACAUGUCCUGACUGCAGCGCACUGCAUCCAUGACGGCAGUGACUACCUAGAGGGCGCCAGGACGCUUAAAGUAGGAUUGUUGCAGCUCAAAUCAAAACGAAGAAAAGGAGGAAAGAGGAGAGGAGCAAAACACAGGGGUGAAAGGAGAAGAAAGUUGGAGACUGGUGAGAAAAGGGAAGUAACGCAGAGAGAAGAGGAAAAUGAGGAGCAGAAUGAGAUACAGUCAGAUUUCAGGAGAAACAGGAGUCAAGUCAAGGGCAGGAGACGCAGAGAAAGGAGGGAGAGUGGAGAUGGUGGUGUUGUGGAGGAGCCUAAACGGGAAAGAAACCAGAAAUGGCUAAAAGGCAGUAAUGAACCAAAGAGGCAGCCGGUUUUUCGCUGGACACAGGUUAAACAAACCCAGAUUCCCCAAGGAUGGAUCCAAACCAAAAGUCCAGUCAACUCUGUCUCCUCUUCCUCUGACUAUGACUACGCACUUCUGGACCUAAAACGACCGGUCAAGCAAAAGAGCAUGAGGCUCGGAGUAGCUCCAUCCACUGCUCCGCCGGCUCUGAUCCAUUUCUCGGGCUACGAUGCUGACAAGAGCAUCCUUGACGGACGUGGGGAUGAAAAGGUGGUGUAUCGGUUCUGCUCAGUGGCUCAAGAGUCUGAUGACUUGAUGUACCAGGAGUGCGAUGCACAGUCCGGAGCGACAGGUGCAGGUGUCUACAUCCGUCUGAGACAAGAGGCAGCAGACGAAGGCGGCAAGGGGAAGUGGCAGAGGCGGGUGAUCGGGGUGUUCACAGGCAAUCAGAGGGUGGAGGUGGAGGGGGGGGAGCUGAGGGACUAUAAUGUUGCCAUGAGGAUCACGCCUCCCAAAUACGCACAGAUUUGUCACUGGAUCCAUGGAGAUGCAAGUCAGUGCAGAGAGGUCUGAACUUUAACAGGGAAAUAUAAGUUGACAGUUCAGAUUUCCAGACUGCAGCCAGUUAUUUGAAUAUAUUAUUGGCAGAAAAGCCAAUUCUACCCCACAACUGGUUGCAUUAGAAUAAGGCACUAUUCCAGUCGUUUUUAAUACAGUAUUUUUGUAGAUAAACAUCUUUGUGUACCGUGGUCUGUGAUUUAACUGCUCAUUAAAUUUGCUACUUGGAAUAUUUGAAAAAUAUUACCAUUAACUACAUCUCUGUGACCUAUGGACAUUUUUAAAAAAAUAAAAAUAAACACUUCAGAGUCCAUUGUACUCUAUGACUCAUCCAUACUGUAUAUGCAAUACAAUCAUGUGACCCCACCGGAUAAGUUCGCUGCAGUCGGUUGUGGUCUUACAAAAAAAUGACCACGAGCCAACGAUUGUGUAGCUCUUCUUUACCUUACGCUGAUAAAAGCAGACCAGAGAUAAGUGAUGAGCCGUGAAGAUGGUUUGUAUCAAUGUAUUUGUCUUUUAUUGCAUCUCAUUUGGACUCACAUGCAGGUGGGGCUCAAUAGGGAGAGAAGGGGUUGUGUGAUGCCAUCCAUGAUACCAAAUAAUAAUAAUAAUAAUAAUAAUAAUAAUAAUAAAUAAAUGAAUAAACCCACAGUCUUCAUACGAAUACUCAGCAAACAUUAUUUACCCACGUUCUUCUUGAUAUUAUUUAUUUUAGUUUCAACAUCUUGUUAGUGUCACAAUGAAUUAAGAUACAGUCACUUUCAGAAAUAAA